AUGAGAAUUUAUACAACAAUUAUUCAAACAAAAUCUAUUACCUGGAAUAGUAGUAAUGAGAUUUUAAAUGCGUUAAAAUGGGGUUUAUAUUGUAGUGAAGGAUAUAAUCAUGUUAAUCAAACUGUAUAUUAUGAUGAAUUUUUAAAAAAUUGUCAAAUGAUUCGUCAACAUAUAUCAUCAACAGAUAUUCCAAAUGAUUUCAUUCCAAAUGCUUAUAGUUAUUUAUUACAUGCAAUUUUUUGUCGAACGGAUAACCAAAUACGUCAUCGUGAAUUAGCAUUAAGAAUAUUUUCAUCAUCAACUACAUCAACAAAUCAAACAUGUUAUCAAAAUUUAUUAAAUCAUAUACGAACUUAUAUUAAUCCUAAUCGUGCAUUAUCAAAUGCGAAUCGAUGUUUACUAGAAGCACUUAUUACAAUAACUAUUUACUUACCUAAACAUUUUGAUUUUCUUUUUGAUCUUCUUCAUGAUUUGAAUAAGAGCGAACAAAUAUGUUUAUUUAUUAUUGAAAUUAUUUUCAAACGAUCUGAUCUAUCAAGUUCAUAUGAUUGUCUUAUUUCGAUGAGAAUUGAAAAAGUUCUUGAAAUAUUAACUCAAGCAUCAUAUGGUGCUUAUGUAAUUUUAAAAUUAUUAUUUAAAAAUCGUCAAUUAUUUAUUAAAGGUUUAAAAAAUUCACUCGCUUGGCAUACAAAUAUAUUUGGCAAAUUUUCAUUUGUCUUUAGUAAUACGACAUAUGAUCCGAUACGAACAAUUCUAAUUGAUAUUUGUCAUGAAAAUGAAAUACAAAAUGUUUUGAUGGAUGAUUUAUUUUAA